AUGCCUGAGAUACCGUGGACAUCCCCAGACUGCCCACUCGAGCCUUACGACGGUCCACCUCGGAAUGUCGCAUACAUCGAUCAACUAAAGUUUGACGAGAAACUGCAGCCGAAAUCAUACGGCAUUGCAGGAACACAUCCAGAGUCAAAGAUCCUGAUCACCGACGUUCAAAUAAUCGAUGCAACCGGGAAAGAACCAUAUCACGGAGAUGUCCUAAUCACAGGAGAACGGUUCACUCAUGUCGGCGAAGUCCCUGGAAAGGAAGACUUAAUCAAAGACCCCAAGGUCCGAGUAUUCUAUGGCAACGGCCGUACCCUAAUUCCCGGUCUUGGAGAUGCACAUACUCAUCUGAGCUGGAAUGGGGGAGAUCUCGGUCGGUUGGGCGAGUUGGGAAUUGAAGAACACACACUUUUGACGGCGCGGAGUGCCCGAUGUUUCCUCGACUCCGGGUAUACCAUGUGUUUUGGAGCAGCGUCCGCAAAGAAGCGACUAGAUGUGGUUGUCCGUGACGCGAUCAAUGCUGGUGAUAUCCCGGGACCGCGUUAUCUUGCCAAUGGUCAAGAGAUGGCGCGACGGGAUGGCGACUUGGUUCCUGGAAUUACUGCAUACGCUGAUGGGCCGGAUGAGAUGCGUCAAGUGAUUCGCGAGCAUUUUGAGUUGGGUGUAGACCAGGUGAAGCUGUCGAUGUCUGGAGAAUCAAUAACCGAAAUCCGCGAUGCAAUGGACUGCUACUUUAGUGACGCAGAAACAAAGGCAUGUGUGGAUGAAGCUCAUAAGCUUGGAAUCCGACUCUGCGCCCAUGCCCGGGCUCGAGAUUCCGUCAGACAGUGCAUUGAGCAUGGAGUAGAGAUCAUAUAUCACGCUUCCUACAUUGAUGAAGAGGGUAUGGACAUGCUACAGAAGAAAACGUCACACCAUGUGGUUGUCCCUGCUAUCAAUUGGCUGUAUGCCACUCUGUACGAGGCAAAUGCAUUUGGAUAUGCCACAGAAGCCGCUGAGAAGGUCGGGUAUAAAAAGGAACUUGAAGCUGCAAUCCGCGGACUGCGGGAGAUGCACCGACGAGGAAUCAUAGUUCUCCCUGGAGGGGACUACGGCUUCGCCUGGACGCCACAUGGAACAUAUGCCCGGGAUCUCGAGCAUUUCACCAAAUUAAUUGGUUUUACACCGCAUGAAGCCAUAAUUGCAGCGACAUACGGCGUAGCAAAACUAUUCAUGAGGUCGCAUGAGAUGGGCCAGAUCAAAGCAGGAAACUUCGCAGACUGUGUCCUGAUUGAUGGGGAUCCGCUGGACGAUAUCACCAUUCUACAGGACCACCAGAGGCUUAAUGUUAUUAUAAUCAACGGACGAGUUCACAAAGCUGGGCGGAGGGAACUCUUGCUGCCGAAUAUGGCUGCUCAGGAGCUCACGCGGAGAAUCACGCAGGGAGUUGAGGAGCUGGAGAUCAAAGCGCCUAUGCAAAAGGCAUACUGA